GUUUUCACAGCUUCAAACCAGAAUUUGUUCCAGUCGGAGUGACUCCUUGAUUCCCAGGCCCUUUGAGGUCUGAGGAGUCCAGUAGGUGAAAUUCUCUCUACCUCUAAGGAGAAACAGUACCUGCUCCUGCAGCGAGAGCAAGCCCUCCAUUGCUAUGGAUACCGAAUCCACGUAUUCUGGAUAUUCUUACUAUUCAAGUCAUUCGAAAAAAUCUCACAGACAAGGGGAAAGAAAUAGAGAGAGGCACAAGUCACCCCGGAAUAAAGAUGGCAGAGGGUCAGAAAAAUCUGUCACCAUUCAAGCUCCCACUGGAGAGCCCCUGUUGGCAAAUGAUUCUGCGCGGACAGAGGAAACUCAGGAUGACAACUGGGGCGAGACCACCACGGCCAUCACUGGCACAUCGGAGCACAGCAUCUCACAGGAGGACAUUGCCCGCAUCAGCAAGGACAUGGAGGACAGCGUGGGGCUGGACUGCAGGCGCUACCUGGGGCUCACCGUGGCUGCGGCGCUCGGACUCCUGGUCUUCCUCACCCCCAUCGCCUUCAUUCUGCUGCCCCCCAUCCUGUGGCGGGACGAGCUGGAGCCUUGCGGCACCAUCUGCGAGGGACUCUUCAUCUCCGUGGCAUUCAAGCUCCUCAUUCUGCUCAUCGGGACCUGGGCGCUGUUUUUCCGCAAGCAGAGAGCUGACAUGCCGCGGAUCUUCGUGUUCCGUGCCCUCCUGUUGGUCCUCAUCUUUCUCUUCGUGGUCUCCUAUUGGCUUUUUUAUGGGGUCCGCAUUUUGGACUCGCGGGACCGAAAUUACCAGGGCAUUGUGCAAUAUGCCGUCUCUCUUGUGGACGCGCUCCUCUUCAUCCACUACCUGGCCGUCGUCCUGCUAGAGCUCAGACAGCUGCAGCCCAUGUUCACGCUGCAGGUGGUCCGCUCCACCGACGGCGAGUCCCGCUUCUACAGCUUGGGACACCUGAGUAUCCAGCGAGCAGCAUUGGUGGUUCUGGAAAAUUACUAUAAAGACUUCACCAUCUAUAACCCCAACCUUCUAACAGCCUCCAAAUUCCGAGCAGCCAAGCACAUGGCCGGGCUGAAGGUCUACAACGUAGAUGCUGCUCUGAUGGCCAAACUGGAACUUCCUGUGACAGAUGGCCCCAGUAACAACGCCACUGGUCAGUCCCGGGCCAUGAUCGCCGCAGCUGCUCGGCGCAGGGACUCAAGUCACAACGAGUUGUAUUAUGAGGAGGCGGAACACGAGCGGCGGGUGAAGAAGCGGAGAGCAAGGCUGGUGGUCGCAGUGGAGGAGGCCUUCAUCCACAUCCAGCGUCUCCAGGCUGAGGAGCAGCAGAAAGCCCCCGGGGAGGUGAUGGACCCCAGGGAGGCUGCCCAAGCCAUCUUCCCGUCCAUGGCCCGGGCUCUGCAGAAGUACCUGCGCACCACUCGGCAGCAAAACUACCACAGCAUGGAGAGCAUUCUGCAGCACCUGGCCUUCUGCAUCACCCACAGCAUGACCCCGAAGGCCUUCCUCGAACGGUACCUCAGCGCCGGCCCCACACUGCAGUACGACCGGGAGCGCUGGCUCUCCACGCAGUGGCGGCUUGUCAGCGACGAGGCUGUGACCAACGGGCUGCGGGAUGGACUCGUUUUUGUCCUUAAAUGCUUGGACUUCAGCCUCGUUGUCAAUGUGAAGAAAAUUCCGUUCAUCAUGCUCUCGGAAGAGUUCAUAGACCCCAAAUCUCACAAAUUUGUUCUUCGCUUGCAGUCUGAGACGUCAGUUUAA